AUGGCAACCGUAGCAGAACCUUCUAAAGAGGCUUUCAUCAACCUUCUUUCACAAAUCAACGAGAAUGAAUUUCAUGACUUUGAUGCCUUUGUACGAUCGGCUUUAGACGAGUAUCAUGGUCAGUUGCAUCACCAUGGUGACGAUAAUGCCGAGGAUAUCGAAAUGGAAGAUCAUGACGGUAGCUUCCAACCUGUCAACGAUCUCAAGAUGGUCCGUUUAGGCCGUAUCAUCAAGGAGUUGCGUACCAAACUGCCUCUUUCCGCUGAAGCGCCCGAGGAAAAAACCAUGAUACCCGACAGCGAAGAAUUUAAAGAUUUCACUGAGAAAAAUACUGUCCAUGUCGAUGGUUUCUUAUUCUCAGAAGAAGAUGUUGACGAAAUUUGCGACGAAGGCAAACUUUCCCGCAAUUAUUGUCUGGAUUGUCAAUCACGUAACGUGGCGCCUUUGAAUUUCAUUUCGCAUUCUGCCUCGGUAUUGCAGUUGCAGUUCCUGUACCAGGUGGCUUUAGCCGAUAAGACAAAGGGCAAGGUCAUUGUUGAUGUGGGAUCUCGACUGGGUGCUGUUUUGUAUACCGGCUAUUUAUUUACGGCAGCCAAGAAACUUAUUGGCGUCGAGAUCAAUGAUUGGUUCUGUAACUUGCAGCGAGAUAUGGCUAAAAAAUACAAGAUGGACGACCGUAUUGAGGUGGUUUCCAAGGAUAUACAACAAGUUCCGGAACUGUUGCAGCAGGCCGAUAUUGUGGUGAUGAACAACGUUUUCCAAUUUUUCAACGAUCUCAGCACCCAACAAAAAAUUUGGAAGUAUAUCCGAACAGAGACAAUGAAAAAGCCCGGGCUUUUAUUAGUGACACUGCCUUCACUGCAAGAGCAGCUAAAAGAAGCAGGCUUAUCGCAAAAGUUGUUGAAGGGAUGGGUAAAAGAGGUCAAGUUGAAUUACGAAGCAGGCUGGUUCCAGGACAUCCACGAAGAUGAGUUGGAAGAGAUCCGACAGGUCCAUUUGUAUAAAAUCCUUUAA